CAUGUUUCUUCCUUAGGCACACUGGGAUGGCGUGAGUACAGUGGCUGACCAUGAACACGUGCUGGGCACUGUGCGCAGAGCGGCCCGGCUGGUCAUGAGCAUGUGCUGGGGCCCAUGCACAGUCACUGUGGUGUAGAGUGGCCUGGCCAGCUGCAAUCUGCACUCGGCCAUGUGCGUCGAGUGGCCAGUGGGCUGCACUUUAUUCCUUUAUAAAAAAUGUACUGGGGGGGGCUACAAAAAAUUUCUAACGGGCCACAUGUUGCACACCAAACACCAGUUUGAAAUGCCUGAUGUACAUGCUCUGCUUAAGCAGCUGAUCAUUGUUUGUGUUUAAUCACUUUGCUCUAUUUUUGUGUUGGUAUUUAUUUUAAAAAAAGUAUGACAAUGAACCGGUUUGUAUUGUGAAACCUGGCCCUUCGUAAAUCAAAGUUCUUUUAAUUCCCCAUUGCCAUCUGCAUAUAGAACAUAAUAACGGUAGUCUGGCCCAAAUCACAGAACACAGCAUCAUUACAAUUGUCAUCUUAUUUACAUGAACACCUUAGAAGCAUUUGUUUAAAACGUAUGGGCAUCCUCUAACUAUUCAUCUGGCUGACCAAGGGUGUGUCUAGACUACAGGAUUUUGUCGACAAAAGUCCACUUUUGUCGACAAAACUAAACCUGCGUCCACACUGCCUUUGAGUUAUGUCAACAUAAUGUCGACAAAACUCAGCAGCUUUGUCGACGUAUGUAAACCUCAUUCUACAAGGAAUAACUCCUUUGUCGAUGUAGUUCUGUCGACAAAACAGCAGCGUGAACUCAGGGGAAAAGUUAUGUUGACAUAAAAGGCCUCCAGGGAGAACCCCUGGUGGACACUCCUGCCACAGCUUGCAACUCUAUUGUUCCUGCCCGUAGCCAUCUUUAAAAGGCACAGGCACCCAGGAGCAGCACUCUGGCAGCAAGCGAGCUCCAGAGCAGACCAGGACUGUACUGCUCAGUUCAGGUCGAGCCAUGUCGCAGGGACAAGCCCCUCCAAGACCCCUCUGGCCCUUCCAGGGAAUCAUCCCCCAGGGAAUCCUGGGGCACCAAGCGCCGGGCAUCCUCCUUGUCAGGGCUGGAGAUAAAAGCCCUCCUGGGCCUCUGGGUUGAGGAGGCCAUGCACUCCACAAAGAGACGGAACGCAGACACCUUUGCCCAAAUGGCAGAAGAGCUGGCCAAACAAGGCCACCAUCCCCGCACACUGGAGGAGGUCCGAGCCAAAGUGAAGGAGCUGAGGCAGGGGUACGUCCAGGCCCGUGAGCACAGCUCCCGCUCCAGGGAAAGGCCGUACUCCUAUGAGUACUAUGAGGACCUGGACAGGAUCCUGGGGGCAGGGGAUCCUCUGCCUCCUGAGAGGCUCGUGGAGUCCGGGCUGGAGACCCCGGUUCUACAGCGGCCGGAACACCUGCUGGGGGACCAGAAGCUCCAGGAGGAGGAAGAAGAGGAGGAGGACGGCAUCCAGAGCACCCGGGAGCCAGGCACCCAGACACAGGAGGCCUGCCAGACCACCUCGGACACUGGGGAGGGAACAUCAGCCGGACCAGCUGACCAGGAGGGGGGUGCCCCACCUGCCCCACCACCCAGACGGCAACAGGGCACCUGUAGGCACUGGUGCAGCUACUUAGAGCUGGUGCGCCAGCACGUUGGAGUCCUGCAAGAGAUAAAGGACUCCAUGGAAAGGAGGCUGGAGGCAGAGGCUGAGUGGCACCGGCAGUUGCUGCUUGAAUUUGCCCAGCAGCGCAGGGACAUCUAUGCUGCCAUCCGGGAGGCCAUGGCCUUCCCCGGUCCUUUACCUGCUUCUGCCCCUCCUCCUCAGCCUUCCCCCUCCUCUGCCCCUGCCAUUCCAGCCCCAGCCCCACCUCCUGCCCAGCCCCCUUCUGUGGCAUCCCACACGCGCAGCCAGGCGUGACAAGGCCGCCAGAGCCAAAGCAGCAGGAGCUCAACCUCCAGGCAGCCCCCUCCGCCCUGAGCAUCCCUCCCCCCUUCCAAGUUCACAUUCCCCAUUCCCACCAGUGACACAAACUGAGGGACGCAUUUUUUUUAAGCACUUUAUUUUCUAAAACAGACAUUUUUAUUUUUCUCUGAAUCAAAGAGUUAUUUAUUUUCAUUUGUUAAAAAAACAACAGUUAAAUAAAGUGUACUAGAGUUUUC